AUGUCAACCCACACACACCCAUCAAGUCACACCAAAGAUCACACUGCUCGUACAACUGUCAACCCACACAGAUGUCACACCCAUCAAGUCACACCAAAGAUCACACUGCUCGUACAACUGUCAACCCACACAGAUGUCACACCCAUCAAGUCACACCAAAGAUCACACUGCUCGUACAACUGUCAACCCACACAGAUGUCACACCCAUCAAGUCACACCAAAGAUCACACUGCUCGUACAACUGUCAACCCACACAGAUGUCACACCCAUCAAGUCACACCAAAGAUCACACUGCUCGUACAACUGUCAACCCACACAGAUGUCACACCCAUCAAGUCACACCAAAGAUCACACUGCUCGUACAACUGUCAACCCACACAGAUGUCACACCCAUCAAGUCACACCAAAGAUCACACUGCUCGUACAACUGUCAAUCCACACAGAUGUCACACCCAUCAAGUCACACCAAAGAUCACACUGCUCUUACAACUAUGUCAACCCACACAGAUGUCAAACCCAUCAAGUCACACCAAAGAUCACACUGCUCGUACAACUGUCAACCCACACAGAUGUCACACCCAUCAAGUCACACCAAAGAUCACACUGCUCGUACAACUGUCAACCCACACAGAUGUCACACCCAUCAAGUCACACCAAAGAUCACACUGCUCAUACAACUGUCAACCCACACAGAUGUCACACCCAUCAAGUCACACCAAAGAUCACACUGCUCGUACAACCCACACAGAUGUCACACCCAUCAAGUCACACCAAAGAUCACACUGCUCUUACAACUGUCAACCCACACAGAUGUCACACCCAUCAAGUCACACCAAAGAUCACACUGCUCGUACAACCCACACAGAUGUCACACCCAUCAAGUCACACCAAAGAUCACACUGCUCGUACAACCCACACACACCCAUCAAGUCACACCAAAGAUCACACUGCUCGUACAACCCACACAGAUGUCACACCCAUCAAGUCACACCAAAGAUCACACUGCUCGUACAACCCACACAGAUGUCACACCCAUCAAGUCACACCAAAGAUCACACUGCUCGUACAACCCACACAGAUGUCACACCCAUCAAGUCACACCAAAGAUCACACUGCUCGUACAACCCACACAGAUGUCACACCCAUCAAGUCACACCAAAGAUCACACUGCUCGUACAACCCACACAGAUGUCACACCCAUCAAGUCACACCAAAGAUCACACUGCUCGUACAACCCACACAGAUGUCACACCCAUCAAGUCACACCAAAGAUCACACUGCUCGUACAACCCACACAGAUGUCACACCCAUCAAGUCACACCAAAGAUCACACUGCUCGUACAACCCACACAGAUGUCACACCCAUCAAGUCACACCAAAGAUCACACUGCUCGUACAACCCACACAGAUGUCACACCCAUCAAGUCACACCAAAGAUCACACUGCUCGUACAACCCACACACACCCAUCAAGUCACACCAAAGAUCACACUGCUCGUACAACCCACACAGAUGUCACACCCAUCAAGUCACACCAAAGAUCACACUGCUCGUACAACCCACACAGAUGUCACACCCAUCAAGUCACACCAAAGAUCACACUGCUCGUACAACCCACACACACCCAUCAAGUCACACCAAAGAACAUGUUGCCGUAACAACAACUUGA